AUGGGCACAUCAUAUGGGACCGGAGCAAAACCUGAUCAAGAAGUUCGAGUAUGGAUGGAUGGUUGCUAUGAUAUGGUACAUUUUGGUCAUGCAAAUGCAUGUCGUCAAGCAAAACAAAUGGGAAAUUAUUUAAUUGUUGGUGUUCAUUCAGAUGAGGAAAUAACUAAACAUAAAGGUCCACCAGUAUUUACAGAACAAGAAAGAUAUAAAAUGGUUCGAGCUAUAAAAUGGGUUGAUCAAGUUGUUGAAAAUGCUCCCUAUGUAACAACAUUGGAAACAUUAGAAGAAUAUAAUUGUGCGUUUUGUGUACAUGGAGAUGAUAUCACAGUAACUGCUGAUGGUAUUGAUACAUAUCAUAUUGUCAAAGCAGCUGGUCGAUAUCGUGAAUGUAAACGCACACAAGGUAUAUCAACAACUGAUCUUGUUGGAAGAAUGUUACUUGUUACAAAGACUCAUCAUGAACCUGAUGAUGCAUUACUUGAUCGAGAAAAUACACGUCGAAUGAGCUUAUGUAAAGAAAGUGUUAGUCCAUGGACAGGUGCUUCACAAUUUCUUGCAACAACUAAUAAAAUUAUACAAUUUUCAAAUGGUCGAGAACCAAAACCUGGUGAUAAAGUAAUUUAUACUGCUGGUGCAUUUGAUUUAUUUCAUGUUGGUCAUGUUGAUUUUCUUGAAAAAGUUAAAACAUUUGGUGAUUAUCUUAUUGUUGGUAUACAUACCGAUCGAGUUGUUAAUCGAUAUAAAGGAAGUAAUCAUCCAAUAAUGAAUAUUCAUGAACGUGUAUUAAGUGUAUUAGCUUGUCGAUAUGUCGAUGAAGUUGUUAUUGGUGCACCGUAUGCUGUUACAAUGGAUUUAAUGAAUCAUUUUAAAGUAUCACUUGUUAUUCAUGGUCAAACAGCUUAUGAUAAUGAUAUUGAUGGACAUGAUCCGUAUGAAGUACCGAAAGGUUUGGGUAAAUUUCAACAAAUCGAUAGUGGAAAUUCAAUGACAACACAAGAUAUUAUUACACGUAUUAUUAAUAAUCGAUUAACUUAUGAAAAACGUAAUAAAAAAAAGGAAGCCAAAGAAGCAGCUGCUUAUGCGGCAUUUCAAAAAAUGAAAGACGAAAAUCUUCAAGAAUCAUCAGCUGUUAAUAUAGAACAAGAAGAAGCAACAAAAUUUGACUAA